CCGCGGGGGGCCGGGGCUGCGCGCGCCAUGGCCCCGCCUCUCCCGAAGGCGGCGCCGGACGCCCCAGCGGCUGGGGAGGUGCAGGCGCCCGCGGCCGCGGGCGGCCCGCCUCCGUCUGAGCCGCCUGCUGCUGACGGUGGCGGCGCGGCCGGCGGCGGGGCAGACGCGGAGGCGCCGCCGCGAAAGAGGAGAAAGCACGUCGCAGGGGUCAUCUUCACUCUGGGCCACCCAGCGGAAUGGUCGCUGAACGACCUGUUCAAAGCCCUGGGCAGGCACGCCAUCAAGGCUUUGGUGGACGUUCGCCCCGGCGGUAGCGAAGGCCAACACGCUGCCGAAGCCGUGCGGGCGUGCUGCUCCCUGGAGAAGAUCUCGUACUCCAGGGAACCGAUCCUCAGCCUCUGCUACGUGAAGAUCGCGGCCCAGGCCCGAGGCGAGACAGAGGAAGCGCGGCGGCCGUGCGUUCUGCUCUCGGGCUCGGCGCCGUGGCGGCUGCAGCAGAGCCGCAGGUGCGUCUCGCAGUUCUUCCACGGCAGGGGAUUCGAGGUGAAGCACUUGUUGUGGAACGGGGACGUCGACGAGGAGGCCGUGGCAGAGGCGAGCAGGGAGCAGAAGCGCGCGCGCGUGGCAGCGCCGAGGGCGCCGAAGGCCAACGAGCCAACGCUCAUGGCGCCGACGGCCAAGGGCGGCGGCGGGACCCAGGCGCGGUGGGCGCGGCCGGGGCAGAAGCUCAUCGUGCCCCAGGGCGCCUCGGAGCUGGGCCCGAGCCACGUGCUGAAGUCCAAGCCCAAGGCCUCGCCCUCCGCGUCGCAGCUGAUGGACGCGGAGCCGACCCCGAAGACGGCGGGCCCGCAGAGCGGGGCCGCGCGCGGCAUGGCGCCGACCCCGAAGGUGUCGGGCGAGCCGGCGAAGGAGCCGGCCUCGCUGCUGGUGCCGACCCCGAAGGUGUCGGGCGAGCCGCCGAAGGCGACGCCAAAGCCGCCGCCCGGCGAGCCGCCGACGAGAGGUUCUGCCACCAGCCUGCUGACCUCCAAGCCGAAGGCUGGAGACCAGGCCGCGCGGGAGGCCCCCGAGCCCGUGGGGCCCAAGGCGCC